AAAUUUUUAAUUUGUAUUAUAGAUGGAACAAUCCCUUUUUUUUGGAAUUGGACGGAUCUAUCCACUUCGUUUGUUCGAGGAAAAAAAAUUGCUUUUUUUUUAAAAUUUUUUUUUUAAUUUUUUUUGGGUUGAUCUACUGUAAAAUAACCUCUUUGUACUUGAUUUUUUUUUAAAUUUUGCGUCCCACGGUUGAAUUUUAUUUAAUUACUGAAGCGUCUGCAUUCUGCUGCAGCAGAAUUUUACAUUUAUAUUUUCUAACACUCUAAUAAAAGCAGUUACUGCAACAAAAAGUACCUAAAUCAAAAUAUUGUUAUUAUUGUGACAAUACAUAUAAUUUACUCUAUUAUAGUGGCAAUGAGAUACUCGUGUAGUUUCAUCAAUCAUAGAGCUUUGUUAGCUGUAAAAUGAUAUUGUAGUUGGUGCUUUAAGGAUCCAAAUGAAGGGUACGAAACAAAGAAUUAAUUGAUGAAUUUUGCAUCUUAUAUCAAUUUACAUUUUGUAUUUUUUUUUUUUGCUAAUUUUUGAUGUGAAAUGCAGUUUGAUCUCUAUAAUUGCUUGCUAAUAAAUUCCAUGCAGAUUGUCGCGUAAUUUUCACCUCGACCAAUUUGGCUACUUGGUGCAAAAUUCGUAUUCGUUGUUGGGGUGAUUGGGGAUGGAUGAUUCAUCUGACUUCACCUUUUGCAAGGUUAGUUCCCAAGUGGAUGAUGACCAUUUGGAGUCCCCGAAAGCCAUCCCCUCCAUCGACAAUAUCACACUUGAAGACAAUCAUUUGGAUGGAAUGAGUAUGUCUAGGACAGAGAACUCCCUCGAUGGCAGCGAUUCCCAUGUAGAUGUUGCAGUGGAAGAUGAAGCGUCCGGCUCACUUUGUGAUAAUGAGAGUAAUAGUCCUCAGCAAAAGUCCAAUCUAAGUGAAUCAGCAACAUCGCCCGAAGUCGGAAAAUCUGGACUAUCAGUUAAUGAGCCAACACAAAAGAAGCCCUUAGCGAAGAAGCCGGCGGCGAGAGCAAAGGUUCCUUUUGAAAAGGGUUAUAGCCAGAUGGACUGGUUAAAGCUUACUCGCACAGAUCCUGAUCUUGCAGGACUAAAGGGACGGCCGAAUCGGCAGCUGAUUUCCAUGGAUGAAGUCAAACAGCACAAGACGACUGAAGGUUCUAUUUGGACAGUUCUGAAGGGUCGAGUCUAUAAUAUCUCACCCUACAUGAAAUUCCAUCCUGGAGAACUUCUGCAGGUGUUGAUAUGCUUAUGAAGGCUGCUGGAAAAGAUUGCACCUCUUUAUUCAAUAAAUAUCAUGCUUGGGUGAACGCUGAAUUCCUGCUUGAGAAAUGCCUUGUUGGAUAUUUGGAUGUCAACUAACGAACCGCUUAAUCCGUCUGUGCGUGUUUGAUAUCUACACUUGUAUACAAGGCAAUUUUAUCGACUGAAGAUAGAGGAGUAUAAUGCAUUAAUAUUUGAAUAUUUUUUUGGACCUGAUAUAUUGUUCCGGUGGAGAAAUGAUUUGUUGCUGGUUAGAGAGCACACUUAUUUAGUUCUGCAAACGAAAAUACAAUACUCUGUACUAAAUAUUGCUGAGAAUCGAAUGGCGCAGAUUCAAUAAAGGGUGUAACACAUUGGUACUUA